CAUUUGUUCAAACCAACCUUAGACGUCCUCAAUCCUCACAGGUUUGAACUUCACUGGUAGCUUCUUGGGGGAGUCCAGGGAAAGGUUUCAGAAACAGUCACAGGUGUACCUCAGUUAGGCUGUGAAGUUUUGAGUCAAAGACUCCCACUCUCUAGGUAAACCUAACAAGGAAAACCUCUUCUGUUUAAUCGUUAUAUGGAAACACUCGUUCUAUUUUAUAUGUAUAGUUCAUUGUCUACAUUUGUUAUUUAGUGUUUGGACCCUUCUUGGCUUUUGAUGUGUAGUCCUAAAAUGUUAAUAAUACUUGCUAUUUUUAUAUUCAAACUUGGAAGGAUCCGAACCUCCUAUGGCUCCCCUUAAAUGUUCCACCAUUUGUUUGGUUGCUUUUCACUUUGAUCUUUUCAAUGAAGACUCCCUGUUUAUUUUUCAUUUUGGUCCUUAUUGCUCAUGGAAUCCAUUCGGUAUCAACUAAUCUUACCGACACUCAUGAUAUUGUUCAACGUGUUGGUAACAACACUGGCAGGUCAGUUUGCAUUUAGAUUAUAAAUUGGUUUAUUUUAUAGUUGGGAUUGCAAUCUUCUCAAGUUGAAAUCCGUCAAGUUGUUCAUGUUGAACCAAUAAAAAAGUUUAAACAUUAUAACGGGUCAACCACCUACUAAAUUUUUUUUACCAACUUCAACUUUAGAGGAUCUUUCCGGAUUUAUUUUAGAUUGGACUCAAACUGCUUUGAUCUUUGGUGUGUGAAGAAGUGAUGGUUGCGAUGGAAGAGUAGAUCAAUCCAUUGAAGUGAUCUCAUGGGAGCCUAGAGCCACCGUCUAUCAUAAUUUCUUGACGAAAGAAGAGUGUGAGCAUCUAAUUGAUAUUGCUAAACCUCAUAUGGAGAAGUCCACAGUUUUUGACUUAAGGACCAAGUCGACAGUCAUAGAUACUAGGUUCCGUGUAUGUUCUAUAACAUUUCUGGAACGUGGGCAAGAUGAAAUAGUCCGGGCUAUUGAGAAAAGGAUAGCAGAGUUCACUUUCUUACCUGUAGAGCAUGGUGAAGGACUUCAAGUUCUCCGCUUUGAAGUAGGUCAGAAAUUUGGACCUCAUUUUGACUUCUAUCUGAAUGAUUAUAACAUCAGAAAUGAGGGUCAGCGGAUGGUAACAGUUGUGAUGUACCUAUCAGAUGUUGAAGAAGGCGGUGACACGGUUUUCCCUUCUGCAAAGGGAAUCUACAGUGAUGUACGUUGGCGUAGUGCAUUCUCUGAAUGUGGUAAAAGAGGGUUAUCUGUUAAACCAAAAACGGGGGACGCAUUAGUUUUCUGGAACAUAAAACCAGAUGGCACUUCCGAUGAUUCAAGUUUACAUGGCGAGUGCCCUGUUAUCAAGGGGACUAAGUGGACCGCUACAAAAUGGAUUCACGACAAGGAGUACAAGGAAUAAUUUUGGUUCAAACUUCAAAAGAAUUCUAAUGUGAUCUCAUCUGGUUAAAGCUAUCGUUACUGCUAUUGAAUGACGUCAAAGUUCCAAAAUCAGAAGUCAUUCUAUAAGAUAAUUUUACAUAUAUAUAAUGUUUGUAUUAUUAUAUGGAUGCAAAAUUUUAACAGAAAGAAUGUUGUGUUCCGAUUAAACAGAAUAUGAAAUCAACUAUCAGGUUGUAUUAUAUGGUCA